UAACAGGCUAUCUUGGUCAAAGAUAGCUGCGCCACCUAUAGGAUCACUUUAAAAGCGGGAAGGUCGAAAGUGUUGUCUGACGCUAGAAAUGAGUGUAGUAAAACCUGCUUCCUCGUCGUUAGCAAGAGAUAAGGAGCUUAAUGCAAAAAAAAAUCCCUCCAUGACUCCAGCAGAGCAAAAUAUUGUGAGUCACUUGAAGCUGAUGUUUCCACAGCUGUCAGCAUUAGCCAUAGAGACCAGUGUGCUGCACCCUUCUAAUAGACACGAGCCAUGUGAAGAGAGAAUUCUGCUGAAUCGUUGUAUAGAUGACCUCAUUGAAUUGAGAACAUUUAAAGAAACCACACAGACUGAUUAUAUUGAUGUGGAUUCUGAUGAUGACAUAGAAGUAUUGAGGAAUGCAAGUCACAGUAAAACCCCAGCCCCAACGGACCAUGACCAUCCUAUUUUAAUAGACUCACAGGAAAUAGAAUGGGAUGAUGACCUCACAUAUGACGAUGUUCUAAUUAUUAAUGCACAAAGCAAAGCAGCAGCUGAUCCAGUAAACUCACCAGUGGAGAGAAAUGUGGAUGUUACUGAUGGAUCUGUUGGGACCAGUGUGAGAAAUGGAAAGUAUAAUGUAGUUGUAGAAAAGACAGUUGCUAAUCAAAACUUCGCAGCAGAGGCUGGUCACUCUGCCACAGAAAAGUCGCACAAUGCUACUACAACUUCUUGUAACUCUACAGUUACUUCCACAUCAAUUGGUGCUCAAGUUAGUGAUAAGCCUUUAAGUGGCACUUGUGAGAUCACUGUUAAAACAGUUUCUUCAGCCCCUAAUAACAUUCUUACUCCUGCAGUGCAGACAGUUCAGGAUACUCUAAGAAAAACUUCACCAAAGUCAACUCUCCAAAAUGAGCAACCUUUGGUACAAAGGCAAGCACAUGGCAUGGCCCAUACUUCUACACCCCAACCAGUCAAAUACCCUCUGAAAAGAAUGUCUCUGAAUCCGAAUGCUCAAAGUAAGCAGCUUGCAUCACAAAGUGUGACUCAUACUCCUGCAGCCCAACCAGCUAAGUAUCAUCUGAAAAAAAUGUCACCAAAUCCCACUGCCCAGAGAAAGAAACUCUCAACACAAGGUCAUCCACAAAAUAUGUUUCAUACACCCUCAGCCCAACCAGCUGAGGUUUCUAUGAAAAAUUUAUUGCCAAAUCUGACUCUUCAGAACAGGCAACUUCCAAUACAGCAUCAUGCACAAAAUAUGACUCAAAUCCCUGCAGUCUCUCUAGUUCAGAGUCCUUUGAGAAAAAUAUUGCCACAGUCAGCUAACCAAAACAAGCAGGUUCCAGCAAACAGUCUCUUGCAUAGUAACACUCCUUCAGGUAAAAUAGUUCCGGAUCCUGCAAAAAGAAUUGCUCCAAACACAGCUAACACAGAUCAGCAGAUCCUAGCUCAAAGAUGGGCAACGACACUCCAAGAUUCACAUCUAAUUAAUCAAUUACAGUUACCUAAAAGGCAACUCAAGACACCUCAGGCUGCACCAGUCCAAGGACAAGAUUAUUCAAAUGUAUUACUGUCUUUUCCCUCUACAUCAUCCCAGGCACUGCCAUUGCUCUAUUCUAUACCAAAGCCACAGGGCCUAGUUCAGCAAAUAGCUAUAACACCUGUGUCAUGUCAAGGAACUUCAUCAGCCAUUGGACCGGGCCCUUUUUUAGCAGCAACCACAACUGCACAGCCCAGCACUUCAAGGCAAAAGUCUCCAGAAGAGGUCUUAAUGGAAAAAGUGACAGAAGUGGUAUGA